AUGUUCAACCUUCCCCUUUGGAGACCAUCGCUUCCAACAGCCAACAGCCAACAGCCAACCACUUCAAAGUACUUGACUUCAAUUGUUUCAACAGCAGCCAUGGCAAGCGAAGCUCUGCCUCAACCGGAGCUGACCGCCCCAAGCGUGAAGCCUCAAGAGGUGUCAUUCACCUUACCAAAAGCCUUCCAUACAACAGCACAUGUCCAUCUAAACUUCCUGGGUCAUUGCGCUAUGGUGUUCCUGGCGACCUCUAGCCCAGCAGAAUCUGGAGGCUCCAUCAAGCCAAUGGGAAGUUUCGUCUACGCGAUGCCCGACCGUACAUCACCAAAAUCAACAAUAGCCACAACACUUUACACCUCAGCACCUAGCAUUGAGUACACAUCCCGCAUAGCCAAGAUCCUGGCCAGGAGGUUUUCCAUUCCUGUUUAUGUCGGUUGCAGCAUCGACCCGCAUGGUCUGGGUCUGGAAGUGGAGGAGGAAAUGGAGGGGCUCACCAAGAUCAUCAACGUUAUCAUGGAAAAGUGGGAAGAGCACAAAAAGGAGACCCCGGUACAAUAG